CCAUGCUAUGCCACUCCCUUAACUUAUUUUUCCUCAUAUAUUCUCCACAAUCUUCUGUAUGUCAUAACUGGUAAUUGUUUUCUGCAUAUAUGGUGAAACAACGACUUAAUGUGUAUUCAAAUUCCUCAAAACAUUGACUAAAUCGUUGGUCUCUCUUCAUCACUCGUCAUUUGAAAGUUGAAGCUAAAGCAGUGGCAGCCAAUUGUCAAAUUUUAAUGCUUCACUAUUGGUUGCAGUAUCUGCGCUGGAAUUAUUAUAUUGUAGGAGUGAUGGAGUGCUGAUAUGAGAAGCAUCCAUGGCAGGCAUGGCCAACAGUGAGAUUUCAACACGGCUGGAGGGAAAAUCUGCUGCAAUUGUGGUUUGUUGGCUUCUCGGAAAUGGAUGUCUUUUUUCAUGGAAUAGUAUGUUGACAAUAGAAGAUUACUACAGUUACUUGUUUCCAAAAUAUCACUCCUCUAGGGUGCUUACACUUGUAUAUCAGCCAUUUGCCGUUGGAACACUUGCGAUACUUGCGUAUAAUGAGGCAAAACUCAAUACACGAAUUCGGAAUAUGUUUGGAUAUAUACUCUUUUUCAUAAGCACGUUGUUGGUGUUAAUUGUGAAUUCAGCAACAUCUGGUAAAGGAGGGCUUGGCAUAUUCCUUGCUAUAUGUGCACUUAGUGGUGCUUUUGGAGUAGCAGAUGCUCAUGUUCAAGGUGGAAUGGUGGGAGACCUGUCCUACAUGCAACCAGAGUUCAUUCAGUCAUUCCUUGCUGGUUUGGCAGCAUCUGGUGUAUUAACCUCUGCUUUGAGGUUAAUUACAAAAGCUGCAUUCGAUCAUUCUAGUGACGGUCUCCGCAAAGGAGCAAUUCUUUUCUUUGCCAUAUCAACAUUCUUUGAGCUCCUAUGUGUUGUUCUCUAUGCAUUUCUUUUUCCUAAACUACCAAUUGUGAAGUACUACCGUUCAAAGGCAGCAUCAGAAGGAUCCAAAACUGUAUCAGCUGACCUUGCAGCAGGUGGCAUCCGGACAUUACCUGGAACAGACGAGGAAAAUGCAAAAGAUCCAGAACGGAAGGGAAACAAGCAAUUGUUAUUGGAAAACAUUGAUUAUGCAAUUGAUAUGUUCCUAAUUUAUGUGCUAACACUGUCUAUUUUCCCUGGAUUCCUCUCAGAAGAUACUGGAUCACAUAGUUUGGGCACAUGGUAUGCUCUCGUCUUAAUUGCUAUGUAUAAUGUGUUCGAUCUGAUAGGAAGAUACAUUCCACUGAUGAAAUGUUUGAAAUUGGAGUCCCGAAAGUUGAUAACAAUAGCUACUCUUAGCCGUUUCUUACUUAUUCCAGCAUUUUAUUUCACCGCAAAGUACGGUGACCAAGGUUGGAUGAUAACGUUAACAUCAUUCUUAGGGCUAUCCAAUGGUUAUCUCACCGUCUGUGUCCUAACAUCUGCACCAAAAGGUUACAAGGGUCCAGAACAAAAUGCCUUGGGAAACAUAUUGGUGUUGUUUCUUCUUGGAGGUAUCUUUGCAGGAGUAACACUUGAUUGGCUAUGGUUGAUAGGUAAAGGAUGGUGAGAUGAGGAGACCCAAUUCAUUCCAGAUUACAGGAAUGCUUCUCAAGAGUUCAUUCCAUGUAAAGCAUUAUAAGUGUAUUCAUAUCCUUCUUUUUUUAAUACUUUAAAUUAAUGAAUCGGUUAAUUUGGUUGUUUAAUUCCUCAUAAACUAGCAAUCACACAGGCAUAAUUAAUUGAAUACGCUUUUAGAAGUUAAAAAAACAUCAGAGAGGAAUGAUUAAAAAAACAUCAUUCUACAUUUUUGUUUCUGAAGAAAUGUUAAGCGCUCCUCGAAAAAAGGACGAAUGCAAAGUCGCUUUGCAUUCCUGGUGGUGGUCACACUAGCACCAUGUACAGACAAAUAAUACAUAUUAGAGUGACGGUACUUGUACGCAAUUCUUCACCUAAUAU